AUGGACGCCAACCGCCAGUGCGUGCAAAUUCGAGGCACCCGCAUCGUUCCCAGGAACGCCAACGACCAGAUUUACUGCACCCAUCAAGAUGUCAGCCAUUACCGCCGACGUUUAGCCGUCCUUGUAAAUGGAAUAAACAUAUGGAUAAACAUGACCGUCCUUUCAAAUGUCAUGAGCCGAACUGCAACAGAGACAGGGGCUUCACCUACGCCGGUGGUCUCUCGCGCCACCAUCGUGAGUUCCGGGGACGGGUUUACGCGGCAGGGGAACUUACAAGCAGACCUAGGUCGUCGGCAUCUACACACCAACGACGUUAGUUGUGGUUCCACUAUGCAAGGCAAUCCCCGGGUUAGCAUGGGCAUUCCCGCCAACCAUUUACCAGUCGCGAUUGUCGAUCGUUGCCACGAAUAUUCCGCCGGUGAACGCUUGUCAGAGACAAAUGAUGCAGCUAGUCUUCGUAACGAAUUCAAGCAACUGAUUCGGGACGUUCAGGAGCAGAAUCGACGCCUUGAGGAGCUGGAGCAUACCGUGACUGUACUACAAGCCGCGAUUGCCUCAUCGUCCCAUCUGCAGCUGAAGAAGCAAUAUGAUCCUGUCCGAACAUAA